CCCGUAACAAGUGAAACGCUUCUCUCUCUCUCUCUCUCUCUCUCUCUCUCUCUCUCUCUCUCUCUCUCUCUCUCUGCAUCUCCUCCGCCUUUCUGCGCUCUGGAGUCUGGAUGUGCGAUGGAGAACCGACGCGUUUAACCGGAUUCCUGUUGUAGCUGUUGGAGAGCACGAGUCAUCUUAUUAUUUUUUUUCCCCACGCGCUCUCUAUUUUCCAUCUCUCUUAUUUUUUUCUUCUUCUUUGACUUGUACUGUGGCUUUAUUUAAAAACAACAAAAACAUUUUUGGUCUCCCUUUUACACCCGGAGCUUAUGAAUUGAAGUUGAUUUCGGCGUGUCACCGGGGGAGAAGAGCCGCGCGCUCUUGCUUGCCGUUUCUGCGCACACCAUGGCGCGCGCCGGUGGAUACGAGCGCGUGAGGAGGGCUCUGGCUGGUGCGGUUUGGAUGGCUUUGCUCUGCGUCGUCUCCAGAACGCAGGGUUCUCAGACACCACGCAGUUUUGUAGAAUUGCGUUUCGUGUUGGAGCCGCAGGACGUGGUAACAAUACGAGGUGGUGUACUACAGCUGGACUGCCAGGCGCGAUCUGACCGCGGCCUUCCCUCCAUCUCCUGGAAGAAGGAUGGCGUGCUGCUGAGCUCGGUGGUGGACGAGCGGAGACAGCAGCUGGCCAACGGAUCCCUUCUAGUGCAAAAUGUGGUGCACUCACGUCAUCACCGACCUGACGAGGGAGCCUACCAGUGUUUGGCCACUCUGGAGGGCAUGGGGGCCAUCGUCAGCCGAACAGCCAAGGUUACUGUUGCUGGUCCUUUACGUGUGGUGGUCCCCACGGAGUCGGUCUCGUCCUACAUGGGGGACACGGCAUUGCUGCGCUGCGAGGUGACGGGCGAGCCCAUGCCUGUAGUGCGCUGGCAGAAGAACCGCGACGAGCUUCCCUUGACCUUUGACCCCGACAGCAGGGUGGUUGUUCUGCCCUCCGGCUCGCUACAGGUCAGCAAGGUGCAGCCUCCUGACGCUGCCACAUACCGCUGCCUGGCCGAGAACCCGGGCAGCGCUCGCACAGGCACCGACGCUGACCUGAGGGUUUUACCGGAGCCUGGAGUAGCGAGGAAUCUGGUCUUCCUCCAGAGACCCAUGAAGGUCAUGGCUCUACAGGGCAGAGAUGCCGUGCUGGAAUGUUCUGCCUCCGGCUACCCGACCCCCUCCUUCUACUGGAUGAGAGGCAGCGAGAUGAUUCAAAUCAGAUCCAGGAAGUACUCGCUGCUCGGCGGCAGCAACCUGCUAAUCAGCAGCGUCACCGACGACGAUUCGGGCAUGUACGUCUGCGUAGCACAGAACAGAAACGAAAACAUCAGCGCUUCCUGUGAGCUCUCCGUGCUAGUGCCGCCCCAGUUCUUGAACUACCCGUCCAACACGUACGCAUACGAGAGCUCGGACAUUGAGAUGGAGUGCGCGGUGACGGGUAACCCUCAGCCCACCGUGCGCUGGAUGAAGAACGGAGAGGCGGUCAUCCCCAGCGACUACUUCCAGAUCGUGGAUGGUGGGAACCUGCAGAUUUUGGGCCUGGUGCGUUCAGAUGAAGGAUUCUACCAGUGUGUGGCGGAGAACGAAGCAGGCAACGCCCUGGCAAUGGCCCAGCUCAUACUCCUCGAGCUUGAGGGCACUCCAGCCGUCCAGCCCUCUGAUCCCCCCGUUCCCCACACUCCUUCGUUGACUUACUCCUCUCCUCCCCCACCAGUUGUCCCGAGCUCAGGCGUCCUCCCCUCCUUCCCCCGGGACGUGACCCCCGUGCUUGUGUCCAGUCGCUUUGUGCGCCUCUCCUGGCGCCCCCCAGUGGAGACGCGUGGCACCAUCCUCACUUACGGAGUCUUCUACACACAGGAGGGCGUCAACAGAGAACGUUCGGUGAAUGUGACAGAGCCGGAGAGUCUCCAGUUGACGGUGAACAAUCUGAAGCCUGAGGCGGUUUAUAUCUUCAGGGUGGUGGCCUACAACGAGCUGGGGCCAGGAGAAAGCUCCGAGCAAAUCCGGCUUUCUACACAGCCUGAACUGCAGGUCCCUGGUCCUGUGGAGAACCUGAAAGCCGAGGCCAUGUCCCCAAGCUCCAUCCAGGCCUCAUGGGAUGCUCCAGCAUACGCCAAUGGCCCCAUCCAGGGCUACCGGCUCCUCUGGACCGAGACGUCCACUGGCAAAGAGCAGAGCAUAGAGGUGCUCGGGCAAAGCUACAAAAUGGAAGGACUGAAGAAGUUUGCAGAGUAUUCUUUACGAGUCCUGGCACUGAACCGCCACGGACCGGGCAUCAGCACAGACGAUAUGCUCAUCACAACCUUCUCUGAUGUUCCGAGUGCUCCUCCCCAGAACAUCUCUCUAGAAGUGAUCUACUCACGGAGUAUUAAAGUGAGCUGGCAGCCUCCUCCGGCCAACACGCAGAACGGCUUCGUCACCGGCUACAAGAUCCGCUACCGGAAAACCGGCCGGAGAGGAGAGCAGGAGGCCAUCGAACCCAACAACCUGUGGUAUCUGUUCACUGGGCUGGAAAAAGGAAGUCAGUACAGCUUCCAAGUGGCGGCCAUGACGGUCAAUGGUACAGGCCCGAGCAGCGAAUGGUACACUGCCGAAACGCCAGAAAAUGACCUUGAUGAGACCCAGGUUCCAAACCAGCCAAGCUCCUUGCAUGUGCGUCCACUUCCCAACAGCAUCAUCAUGAGCUGGACUCCUCCACUGAACCCCAACAUUUUGGUGAGGGGUUACAUCAUUGGCUACGGCGUGGGGAGCCCCUAUGCUGACACAGUGCGAGUGGACAGCAAGCAGCGCUACUACUCCAUUGAAAAUUUAGAGCCCAGUUCCCAUUACGUGAUCUCGCUAAAGGCCUUCAAUAAUGCAGGAGAAGGGGUGCCGCUGUAUGAGAGCGCUGUCACCAGAUCCAUGUCAGAUCCCGCUGACCCAUCAGACGAUGAUUUAUUCCAUCUGUUUGAUAAUUUUCCCACCCCCAUCCCAGAUACCUCCACUCCCAUGAUCCCCCCUGUAGGCGUGCAGGCUGUGGCUCUGUCCUCGGACUCGGUCAGGGUGAGCUGGGCCGAUAACUCCAUGACCAAAAACCAGAAGAGCAGCGAGACACGCUAUUACUCCGUCAAAUGGAGGGGCAGUCACUCCAGCAGCACCAAGUACAAGUCUGCAGACACCACAGGACUGAGUCACACAGUAACAGGUCUGAAGCCCAACACCAUGUAUGAGUUCGCUGUCAUGGUAACGAAAGGCCGCAAGUCCAGCACGUGGAGCAUGACUGCACACGCCACCACGUAUGAAGCAGCGCCGAGCUCCGCCCCGAAGGACCUGACCGUGAUUGGUCGAGAGGGUCGUCCCAGAUCCAUCCUCAUCAGCUGGCAGCCGCCGCUCGAAGCUAAUGGCAAGAUCACAGGUUAUAUUGUGUACUACACUCUGGAUAAGAACAUGGCCAUUGAUGAUUGGGUGAUGGAACCCAUCAGUGGAGACAGACUCACUCACCAGGUCAUGGACCUGAAUCUGGACACUGUUUAUUAUUUCCGCAUCCAGGCCAAAAAUGCCAAGGGGGUGGGGCCUCUCUCUGAGCCUGUCCAGUACAGGACAUCUAAAGUGGAACAUCCGGACAAGAUGGCCAAUGACCAAGGUCGUCAUGGAGACAGCAGCUACUGGCCUUCGGACAAUAACCUGAUUGACAGGAGCAGCCUGAACGAGCCUCCCAUCGGUCAGAUGCGGCCUCCACACGGCAGCGUGACUCCUCAGAAGAACAGCAACCUGCUGGUGAUCAUCGUGGUGUCCGUGGGCGCCGUCACGGUCGUGGUGGUGGUCAUCGUGGCUCUCAUCUGCACUCGACGUUCCUCCGCACAGCAACGCAAAAAACGGGCCACGCACAGCGCAGGGAAAAGGAAAGGAAGUCAGAAAGACCUGCGACCUCCUGAUCUGUGGAUCCACCACGAGGAGAUGGAGCUGAAGAACAUCGAGAAACCGUCUAGCUCCGCCCCGUCCGGCCGAGAAUCGCCCAUCCAGAGCUGCCAGGAGAUUGCCCCCGUCAGCCACAGCCAAUCAGAAAGCCAGAUGGGCAGCAAGAGCAGCCACUCAGGUGGUGAUGCAGAUGAAGCCUCCAGCGGGAUAUCCACGCUCGACCGCUCGCUGGCCGCACGCAGAGCGACUCGCUCGAAGAUGAUGAUCCCGAUGGACUCACAGCCCAGCAAUACACCGGUGGUCAGUGCCAUUCCGGUUCCCACGCUGGAGAGCAGUCAGUACCCGGGCAUCCUGCCGUCUCCUACGUGCGGCUACGCCCCUCACUCCAAAUUCACCCUCAGGCCCAUGCCCUUUUCCACGCUCACCGUGGACCGAGGCUACACUGCAGCCAUAACCACAGAAACCCCUCAGCCUCAGGCGUCUCUGAUCCCCACCGUUCAGCCCGAAGCUUCAGGGGCAGAGGAGAUGCCGAGUCGCUCCAUUCCCACGGCGUGUGUAAGACCCACACACCCCCUACGCAGCUUCACCAACCCCCUCCUGCCCCCACCUAUGGGCAACAUCGAGCCCAAAGUCUACACUCCCAUGAUGCCACAGCCAGGUGGGAGUCUCCCGAAACCCCAAGUCAAGACAGCUUCGUUAGGACAGGCUGGGAAAGCCAGAUCACCGCUACUUCCUGUCUCUGUUCCGACAGCACCCGAAACGGCAGAGGAAGGACAGAAGCCGGCAGAAGACCCUGCAAGUGUGUAUGAGCAGGAUGACCUGAGCGAACAGAUGGCCAGUCUAGAGGGACUGAUGAAGCAGCUGAACGCCAUCACCGGCUCUGCGUUUUAACGUCGGCGACCAAACCGGCGGAAGCCGCGAUCUAGCCGAGGGCCGGAACGCCACGAACUGAGCCACGCGCCUGUGACUUUUCAGACUCUCCGGCGUCCCGAGUCCCUCUGCCUCUCUCUGUCCGGCCUUUAUUCCACUCAUGCCAUCAUCGGCAAAACCCCCUGCGAUGAGACGACAAAAAAAAUAAUAAAUAAAAUCACACGCGAGAUACACGUACAAAGGGAGCGGUUUUAACAAACGGAGCCGGGGUCACGAUUCUUUCACCGACAGGUUUUUUUUUUCUUUCUUUCUUCUUUUCUCCUGGUUUUCCCCGCUCACGCCUCAGCUCUGGCGGAUGUAUAAGCAAGCCGGAGAAGAGAAGACUGGGUUCAGAAAAAUGACGCACUGUUUUCUCAGGUGCUUCUCUCUUCCGCUCCGUCGCUCCAUCUUUCCAAACUUUUUUCCAAAACUGCUUUGUGACGAAACGAGUCGGUGGAUCGGGAAAUAAACAAUCCAUUCCGUUGCAAAUAUACCUCCAUUUCCUGACCAGUAGUUUGACCUACUAUGACUGUGUUAUAAUGCACAACUUACACACACACUGCAUCGUUUUCAUUUUGUUUUGUCACACACACACACACACACAGACACUACAGCAGCCAUGUUUUUUUUCUUUUUCUUUCUUUCGUCCUCUCUGGACGGAAAGGUGGGACGUCACAGCUGGAAGCCUGUGAGUGAAACGAAGGCUGCGAGCGAGCGAUUCCACUUCCACCCAGGCUGCUUUAUUUCAUUUUUUUCCCCCUCAGCUUUCCACGUCUAAGCUGCGAGGCGUGAUGGCGGUCUUGUAGAUGAAAGACCCUGUCACAUAAAAUGGUGUCAACAGCAGAACACGCUGCUGCGUCAACACACACCGUGGUUUACUUUUCCGUUCCUUUCCUGCCCAUUUGUGCUUUGUCAAAUCUCUUCUUUUUUUUUUAAAUAUAUAUAUAUAAUAUAUACACGCACACGCACACACACACACACACACACAUAUAUAUAUAUAUAUGUACACACACAUGAGUGGGAGACAAAUAUUUGGAUGUGCCUCUAUUUUUUUUCCCUUUAUUUAUUGAUGCGGUUCUCUAAACGCAUCAGUGCAUAUAAUUAUUUUUUAUUUUUUUAAUUUGGAUUUUAUUUUUCAAUUGCACUUGCGCAAACCUGCCAGAUAGACAAUAAUCAUUUGGAGGGCAAAAAAAAAAAAAAAUACUACGGAAGAAGAAAAAGAAGAAGAGCACCCGUGUCCUGCCGUUCCUUACGCCCCCCCUGAACGAGGCAUGGCGCCUACAUCGGAUAUUUUUCUUGUAUGCUGUACAUGUGUAAACUUUUACCAUGGACAAAAUCAUGAAGACUGUAGCAAGACAAGAAAAUCUGCAGUUUUUUUUCUAUUGUACAGUUCCAUAGAGCAACUGAAGGGGAGAUCGCUAGUUAGGGGGGCUUAGGGGUAUUUUAUUUUUAUUUUAUUUUAUUUUUUUUUGCAAGGGUUGGAG